GCGCGAGUCACUCUCAUUGAUUAUUCCUCACGGACCAUCGCUCACCUCUGAUGCGCAACCAGACCAACCCAAUGAUCUGACUCUGUCAGUUGUCAAACAGCAGGUAGUAUUCCGAGGCAGUGUAGAUAGCAUCCCGAAUGCGGCUCUUACGCGGCGGCGUGGCUUCAGGGACCGCUAAUAAGGUCGCAGCACUUAUACUGUCCUUACCUCUUCCCAUCAUCUCGUACUUGGCCGGGUCAGAGCGCGUCGCAAUGCGGGUGUGGCACCCUCUCGCUUUCUUUGCUUCCGCUGCGCCGCUCGUAUUUGCCAAUGUCAAUUUCGAUACCUGCCUUGCAGACAUACACCAAGGACUUUGGGGCGACACUGGGGGUACUGAUAACUAUGGAAAUCCGGUCUCCAAUAUCUCUCAAGCCACUGCCAUCACUUAUGGGUUGUGUAUCAAAGCCUGUGGUGCCGGGUCAGAACCAUUCGAUUGGAAUAUCUUCUCUCAGCAGUUCAGCGCGUGGCUCCUGCCGUAUCUUGCCCUCAUUUCUCAACUUCCAUUCGGAGCGCAGAGCAGACUGGAUAAUCUAGUUUCCAUGUUACUCACUUUGGGAAGCCCAACUUUGGCCGCGUAUUCAUUGGCCCUGACUGUCCUGAACGGACACUGGAUAGCACAACGCUUUUCACACAUCAGAUAUCCGAACGUGAAGGAGGCUGUCAAGAUCUUAAGCAGUUUACAGCAAUCUGCGCUCCGUGUGGUUUGCGAGGAGUCUCUCCUCGCGUCCCUUGUAGUCCUUCACGAGAAUGACGAUUGGUGGUCAGAAUUGAGCAUCUGGUUGAACUAUGUUCACACUUGGUCUAUCUCUGCUGUCGCAUCAAUCAUCUGGGUCGUGACUGCAUACAUAUUCACUGUCGUCGACUCGUUCACCAGUGCUCAGAACACCAACUCGACGCUUAAUGCGAAUGGUCAAGCCAUUGGCUCGAUCUUUUUAUGGCUGCUCCCGGUCGUAGUCGGCUGGCUUCAGAUCAGUCCCAAAUGCGACCACGAUCGUGUUCACCAAGCACUGGAUCGCGCAAAUAAGAUGGCCUACGUCGCCAGUGACGAUGGAGAACCGAUCCUGGCAUCCAAAGUAUCAAGACAACGCGCCAUUUACCUCCAGAAACGCUUAGGAGAGAUUCAUCGAGACCAGGUGAAACUUGAGCAAUCUACAGCCCCGAUAUACAAUUACGCACGCUUUUUAUCGUGGGCUGCUGCCGUCGAAGAUGUGUACCUGGCUUUCCGCGAAGCAUCGGAGCGCACUGACCGCCACGAACCGGUUGAUAAACAAGGAGUUUGGGAGCACGGAGAUAGGCACUGGAGCAUCCAUCCUCGAAACCGACGCGGAUCCACCACUCAGGUCUCAGACUACGUGAAGAUGCGGACGUCUGAGAUCCCAUCGCCACGUCGCAGUCGCUUGGGCCCAGGUGUGCUUGCACGUUUUCUGCUCGCCUCCAUUUUGGCCAUCUGUUUGACCUGGGGCAGUGUUGGUGCUGCAGUGCUGGUUGCAUUCUUUACACCCACCAAGGGGAUUGCGUGCAGAUCGGGGAGUUAUCUUCUCUACGGAACCUGUUCAACUCUAGUCUGGAUGUUACUCGUCGUUUCUAGUGGAUUGGCCCACUACGCCUCGUUCGCCAAGAGCUAUCGGGGAAGAUAUAUACACACCAGGACGACACGCGUAGCGGGCAUUCUUGCGAUCACACUUCGCAGAGUGGGCAAGAUCCUGGCGGCUCUCAACUCCGCCUGGAUCUUGGCCGCGUGUUUGUUCCAAUUCGGCAGCUUCUUCGAUCGUUGUUGGUGUAACAGGCAAGCUUCUGUAUUCUACCUUGGAAAAGAUGCAUAUAACGUGAUCUCAAUCUCGACAGCUGAUGUGGCAGCUUUGAAUGCUCCGUGGAUUGGUGGUGUCACACUUGCUAGUGGUGUCUCUAUCCUCUUCAUGGCCUUCGUCAGUGUUCUGAUAAAUCCCAAUCUGCCUGACAUCGAUAGGGGUCUGUGCGUUGGUUCCUUUCUCGUGUCUUACCCUCACCGUUCACUCUCUUUUCGUCACUUCUACAAUGCAGCCUCGAGAGACAGAAUCCUCGCCGAGGGAAGUUGCCGCGGUCGUCACCUUCUACAUAGUCGCCGCCCUUGUCGUGAGUCCCCAUUGUCCCGAACUCAGUCCGGCAAAUUCAUGCCUGCGCAGAUGAUCAUCGUGAACAAGGCGGUUCUGAACGAUACGCCUGAACUUCCCUUCACGCUCCUUUUCCUCCAAACCUCUAUCGCCGUUUUCCUUCUGCGGCUGCUCGCAUUCGUCAAUCGAACGGCUCUCGGACAGGCCAUCCCUGGCUCUUUCAACUUCGAACUCCCUAUGUUCAACCGCGGGACCAUCCUCCGGAUCCUGCCGUACCUCUGUGUGGGUCUGAUCGGGCUUGUGUUCAACACACUCUGUCUUGCAAAUGUGGAUGCUGCAUUCUUCCAGAUUGCAAGAGGGCUGCAGUUGCCCUUCACUAUCCUCAUCUCAUCGGCGCAUAUGGGUCAAACGCCUUCGAAGCAGAUCAUCCUGAGCGCUUUCAUCGUCACAUUCGGAUUCCUCGUCGGUAGUAUGCCGACGCUCCUCCCUGUGCUCUCAAUCUCGUCUAUAUCUGAUUCCGAUGGUCACUACCUCUCGCGCCAAACUGCCGUGGCCCUCAUUUACGGCUGCAUAUCCUCAUUCGUGCUCGCCCUGCAUGCUGUACUCAAGAAAUCUGCUCUUGUUCAUGUCGGCCAGUCGGUCAUCGCGCUUUGCUAUUUCGGAAAUCUGUUCAUGGCGGUUGGGAUGAUUCCAUGCAUGGUGGUGAACGCGGAGUUCUCGCUGUUGUACCAACGUUUCUUGGAGGGCACUACGGAUUGGACGACGUUCGCCGUGGGCUCUGCUGUGACAGGAGUCUUCGGAUUCUUGCUGGGGAUUUCGAGUGCACUAUCCAUCAAAGUAACGAAUCCCGUCACGCAUAUGUUCUCCUCGGCUGCCAAAGGCGUAUUCCAGACUUUCUUGGGCAUGUGGUUGUUCUCAGACAUCCUUACGCUAUCUCGUGCAUACUCGAUUGCGAUCAUCACUGGGGGCACGGUGUACUUCACGUACCUGCAGACCAGGCCCAAACCGCGCGAGAGGUUGGCCGGGCCUCAGAACGACGUCGAGAAGCAGAUGGACUCUGAGAAACAGAUCUUAUUAGAGAAGAACUCGGACUCACAGGCUUGAUUGCUUAGCUUACUUGGAUCAUUGGGAUGUAGUUGUAUCGAAGGGCG